AUGGUCCAUCACGGCGUCAAAUGUAGCCCGAGUCACGACUGCCACUCCCGCCUACACUGGCAAUUACUCACUGUAUUUCGUGUAAAUUCUGCUUGUGUCUCAAUCUCUAACGUGUGUAACAGCGACCUCACAACUGCUAUAGACAACAGCCCCAAUUCCUUCUCCCAGACCCGGUCUAAUCUCAACCGCAGCUCAACCUACAACUUUUCCGUCCAAGUAAAGCCUUCUGCCUCUGGAGCAGAGUUUUGCCAUAUCGCCGCGUACUUGGGACUGAAUACAACCAGUGAUACGAUUGCUACCGCUGAUCUCGAACCUACUGAUCAGUGGACUGCUGUGAAUGGGGAAUUCACGGCCAACAGGUAUACUUCGAUGAGGUUGUUGUGGAGAGGAGUAGAUGCAGCGACUGAGCCAGAGAGAUUUAUGAGGGACAUCCGUGGCAAAACGUGCCCCGCUUGGUGCGUCGACAGCGCUAUGCAUUUCCCAUACCCAAGAUAUUUGGAGGAUGAACCUUGGAAUUUAACCGGACACCCGUCGAUCCUAAUGAGACAAGAGCAUGCCUACAGAAAGCCUAUAAUUCAUUCAUGUCGCACUGCAGAGCAGACUCCCAACCUUAAAACACCCUUCAAUCAUAAACUCCGUACAAUGGCCAGUCCGGGAUCGUCCAAUAAAAGAAAGCGCAGACGCCCGGCGUUCUCAUGUACUGCGUGUCGUCGCCGCAAAGUCCGAUGCGACCGGGCCAACCCGUGUCGACAGUGCGUAACCCAGAAUAAUGCAUCAGCCUGUACAUAUGAGCAGAAUCGCAAUUCGUUUGCCAAUCGUGAAACGGCGCCACCUACUAGCAGCGAAACCAACUAUCAGAGGCAACAUGUUUUUCAGGAGAGAAAUGGUGGCCAACCCUCGCACACACCUCACGCUUCAUCGCAACAGGCUGCAUCAACCUCGGGCCAGAUCCGAGGCAUGGUGUCAAAGACGAGAGUGUUCGGCCAAGGACAUUGGAUGAAUAUUUUUUCAUUGACAGAAGGGCUGCCCACCUUGCAACCUCUCAUGGGCCUAUACGACAUUAUCAUACGAAACACAAGCCACGGCCCCUUGGAUGCCAUCGCUGAUAAGAUGGCCCAAUGCAAAAGGCUAGCUCGAAGUAUCAAAAGUCAAAGACCUAGUCGUAGCAGCCUUCCGACACAGAUUCAUCAGUCACUUCCUAGUCCCGAUGUCAUCCUUGAAUUGGCCCAGCUCUAUUUCGCCACAUUCGAGUCGUGCUACCGAAUACUUCGGAAGAAUCCCUUCAUGGCACAUUGCCAGACAUACCUGAAUAACCACGAAUCCGCGGAUACUUGUAUAGUCUUACAAAUUCUUCUUGUCGUCUCCAUCGCAGGCCCUUUGCAUCAGGAUGCCAAUGUCCGUAUAAAUGCGGCGUCAAAAGCUGCAAUGUGGAUUUAUACUGCCCAGACAUGGCUCUCAGCACCACUAGAAAAAAGCCGCUUAACUUUGGGGGGCAUUCAACUCCACUGUCUGCUUCUUUUGGCCCGCCAAGUAAAUCAGGUUGGCGCCGAUCUGAUCUGGAUAUCCACAGGCUCGUUGAUGAGGAUAGCCAUGCAGAUGGGUCUGCAUCAAGAUCCCAACUGUCUGAGUGAGAUGGAUCCCACGGAAAAGGGACUAAGGCGGCGACUUUGGUACACUAUCUUAGAAUUGAACCUACAGUCGUCCUUGGAUUCCGGAAUGUUACCAAUGAUCGCAACUGGGGACUGGAAUACUGAGCCACCAAGCGAUCACAAUCUCGACGCCGAGCCAGAGAUCGGCGAACGGGAAGAGUCAGCGGCUCAUAAGUCAAUGAAUUUGCAACCUAUACUGUCAAGUUCAAUACCACUCCGUCUGCAUGCCUCCAGACUGAUAAACGACUUGCGAGAGGAACCGCCCUACGAGGAGGUCCUUGAGGUCGGUAAAGAAUUAGCCUCAGCAUGCCGCGACAUCUCGCUCACUCUCGACCAACUUGACUCUGCAUCCCCAUUAGAUCAAUUCGCAUCAAGCUUCUGCACCCAUCUCAUUCGACGCUUUACCUUGUGUCUCCACUACAAAUUUGCCAUUAAGGCAAAGAUUAAUCCCCUAUACAGUCACUCCCGCAAGGCCGGUGUUGAAGCCGCACUAGAUAUCAUAUCACUGGUCGAAGACAACUUGUACGGUCGUGUCCUCCGUUGUGGGGGCGGCAUGUUUCGCGACAUUGUGACCCGUGCGGCAAUACUCAUCUUCUCAGAAGCCAGCCCCGAUCCAGAAGCGGAGAGUUCGAGUCUGGCGAAAAGAAGAGAUUAUGCUCGUCAGGGAACCCUAUUGCGAGAUGCCCGCUGCGUCGUUCAUUAUGCGAAAGAUAGAAUAUAUCAUGGAGAAACUAAUGUCAAAGUCUAUAUCUUUUACAAUAUGAUGCUAGCCCAAGCGGAAGCUAGGCUUAGUGGUCAGUCCGAGGAGGAGGCAGUUUCAAGGACAAUGCAUGAAAGUGUGGAUGCGUGCUACGGUAUGAUGCAGGACAUGGUAGCUAUGGCAUCUAUCUCCAAUGGCCCUGAUACUGCAUCUUUUGGAGAUAGUCUCAAUAGAUCAGAUGUUUCUGGGGAACCCUUGGAUCGUGGUUUCGAUUCCAUCUACGGCAGCGACUUCAACUUCGACUUUCCUGACUUGCAACUCUUUGCGGGGUGGUAA